UCUCCACGCUCGCACCUCUCAGAGACACAGCAGCAUGAAGUCGGUGGCUGCUCUCUUCCUGGUGGGGAUGCUCAUCCUCUGGACAGAGCUGCCAACAGGCAGUGCCUGGUCCUGCCCACCCGUCCACAUCACCUGCGCGAUGGUCAACCCACCGAACCACUGCUACACUGACCGGCACUGUCCACGGUACAAGAAGUGCUGCCCAACCUUCUGCGGAAGGAAAUGCAUCUCGGGGCUACCUUCCCUCACCUACGCAUGAGCUCCUGCUCCCAGGACAGACCGAGGGCUUUCUCAGCAUCCCCAUGCCACCCAGGCACCAGCCAGCU